GCUGGCCAGAUAAUGUCAGAAAGAUCAUUGCAUCCGUAUGUGGUGCGUGUAACCAUCAACAUAUCCAUGCUAUAUAUACCCGACAUGUACCAGACCAUCCACAACAUUGUCCACUGAUAUCCAGAACUGCAAAGAUGAAGAUCGCCCUCGUCCUCCUGUUCCUGACUGCCAUGGUGGCCCUGCCCGGAACCGAUUCUUGGGGUAUUCGUUUGCCACGGUUCAGGAGUGUAGUACGUGCAGUUGGAGGUGCCGUCAGACGCGUCGCUACAAAAGUUGUCGAUGCCGGGAGGAUAGUUGUCUCAACUAUCAAAGCAGCACUUGAAUCUGGUAAACGCGACGUGAGCGAGUUUGACGUGGACGGCGACGGUCAAGUCAGUGACGACGAGAUCAUGAUGGUGCUUGCAACCAGAGACGUGGAUGACCUUGUCCAGGAGGGUUACAUCACAGAAGCAGACAAGGAAGACAUCAGCCUCUACCAGCGUCACAUCCGGGAAGCUGUAGACUUCGAUCUAGAAUAAUUGUGUUGACAAGCGAAACCCAAGAUGUCCAACUCAUAUUUCCUAUAUGUAACAAAAUGAGUAUGAACAUUAAUAAAUAAAGUCACAUCACAAA